CCUCGCGGCGCUGCGCUCUCCGCGCUCCCCCAGAGUGGCUGCCAGCCGGCCGCCCACUUUCAGGGGUUUGGGGGACAAAGUGAUGUGCGCCUUCUAAAGCCGCGCCGAGCCGCAGCCGAAGCAGCUUCUCCUUUUCAACUUUCUCCCCGCACGUCUUCUCCUGACCCUGCCCUUAACCCGCCCCAAAGCCACUUCGGGUGCCGGCGCUCGGGUGAGGGGGGUCACCGGCUGUCCGGGAUGGCUUCCAAUUUUAAUGACAUAGUGAAACAAGGGUACGUGAGGAUCCGGAGCAGACGCCUAGGGAUAUAUCAGCGAUGCUGGCUAGUAUUCAAGAAAGCUUCAAGCAAAGGUCCAAAAAGACUGGAGAAAUUUUCCGAUGAACGUGCUGCAUAUUUUAGGUGUUAUCAUAAGGUUACAGAGCUCAACAACGUGAAGAACGUAGCUCGGUUGCCAAAGAGCACCAAGAAACAUGCCAUAGGGAUUUAUUUCAAUGAUGAUACCUCCAAGACCUUUGCUUGUGAAUCAGAUCUUGAGGCCGAUGAAUGGUGCAAAGUACUCCAGAUGGAGUGUGUGGGCACGCGGAUCAAUGACAUCAGCCUCGGAGAGCCUGACUUAUUGGCUACUGGGGUUGAGAGAGAACAGAGUGAGAGAUUCAAUGUGUAUUUGAUGCCAUCCCCUAACUUAGAUGUACAUGGCGAAUGUGCCUUGCAGAUUACAUAUGAGCACAUCUGUCUUUGGGACGUCCAGAAUCCCAGAGUCAAACUCAUCUCUUGGCCGCUAAGUGCCCUGCGGCGGUACGGGCGAGAUGCUGCUUGGUUCACUUUUGAGGCAGGGAGGAUGUGUGAAACUGGGGAAGGGCUGUUUAUCUUUCAAACGCGAGAUGGGGAGGCCAUCUACCAGAAGGUCCACUCUGCUGCCUUGGCAAUAGCUGAGCAGCAUGAUCGCUUGCUCCAGAGCGUGAAAAAUUCAAUGGUACGUCUGGAAUGUCUUCCUUAUGACCUAGUGCAUACCCUGCAACGAAACAGUAACGCUUUGUGGGCCAAGGGAAACCUGUCUAGAGACUCCAUCCUGCCCAGAGCCAUGUAUCUCCCAUCUCUGGUUGAUCAACCUUCACGGACAUUGAUAUAUAAAGACAGCACAAACACAAAUACACAUGAGCAUAUGCUUCCCAGUGCAUAUGGGAAUACCUCCACUGUUCAUUGCAUUGUGCCAGGGACUGUGACUAGCACAGAGACCUCAUUAUUAGAAAGUCCUGACCCACUGUUGGCUGCCUCUGUCAUAAAACUCCGAAGACCGCCUCUACAGACAGAUGCUUCCCCGUGGGGCCUGUACCAGUUUGAUGUUACAGCCUUAAGUGCACUGGUUGGGAUCAGACUUGUGACGUGA